CGGAAGCCAACCCAAAUCUCGCUUCCGCGAACAGGCCACGGCGGCGUCUCAGCGGCGCACCGCGCACCCGGCACCGGCGGCGAGAUGGCGGACUGGGACGGGGUCCCCGCGAGGGAGAGGCGGCAGAUGGAGGAGAUCCUGCAGCUCGACAUGGAGGAGCUCAUCGUGGAGAUGGUCGACGACGAGGAGACCGAGGAGGAGUUUGCGGACGAGGACGACGGCGACUUCACCUCCGUCGACGCAUUCCUCAGGGAUGUCGACAGGGAAGGAGUGGCUAGCACUUCUGGACCAUUCACAUUCAACACAUCUCUAGCCUCGUUGCACACCUAUCUUGGUGAGGUUGAUGAUACACGGGGUAGAGUUUCUCUCUUAGAUGGUGGUGCAAUCCUCAGCUUGCCAAUGCUCUAUCUUCAAGGUGUUGUCCUAUUUCCUGGAGCUACCCUGCCUCUCAGGCUAAUUCAGGGUAGAUUUGUGGCAGCUGUUGAGAAAGCUUUGAGGCAGGUCGAUGCUCCAUGCACAAUUGGUGUGGUUCUCAUGUACAGGCGACAGAGUACUCGAUAUUAUGCUAAUGCUUCAGUUGGAACAACAGCCGAGAUUAGACAGCUUGGGAGGAUGGAUGAUGGUUCAUUAAAUGUUCUAGCCCGUGGGCAGCAAAGAUUUCGUCUGAUGCGUCAUUGGAUGGAUGUUGAUGGAGUGGUAUGGGGUGAUGUCCAAAUCAUUGAAGAAGAUAUUCCUUUAAGAACUCCAAGGGACGUGUUUGCACAGCUAGCUUCAUGUAACAGUUUCCCGCGGCAUGCUUCACCAAUUAUCAGUUUGGAUGUCUCUCCGAUCAAAAAACAAGAUCAUAUGGAUUCAGAAUUGGAUGGUGGUACACCAUCACCUAAAAGUACUUCAAGCAAUCAUUCAGCAAUCGAUUCAAGGAUGUGCCACUCAGAUUCACAAUCCAGCAGCUCAAUGAGAUCUUCUAAUGAAGAUGGGGUUUCCAUGCAUGAGCAGUUUUACAGCCAGGAGCUACAUCAUUUGAAAGGUAGUGGUGCAGCAGUUCAGUCAGGUGAGAAUACUGACAUGGGCAAGGAGGAUUUUUGUUUAACAUCUCCCAGAUCCUUGUCAAGUACAGGAACAAGAGAUAAGCAGCAGCGUCAGUAUAUUAUUUCAAAGCAACCUUUUCAGGCACCAUUAUCAUUUUGGCCUCGGUGGGCUUAUCAAAUGUAUGACUCAUAUGCACUUGCUCGUAGGGCUGCAGAUCUGUGGAGACAGAUAAUCACACACCCAAGCAUGGAUGAUUACGUGAGAAAACCAGAUCUUUUGUCAUUUUCCAUUGGAAGCAAACUUCCUGUAUCAGAAUCUGUGAGACAAAAGGUACUGGAGAUUGAUGGAAUUUCAUAUCGCCUUCAAAGGGAGAUCCAGCUUCUCAAGGCCUUUAAUCUCAUAAAAUGUAGAUGUUGCAAGUCUCUCAUAGCGAAACGUAGCGACAUGGUGGUGAUGUCUACUGAUGGCCCUCUUGGCGCGUAUGUCAACCCUUAUGGUUUUGUCCAUGAAACGAUCACAGUCAGCAGGGCCACUGGGCUAGCUCUUGAUGGCAAUCCUUCAACGGUUCACAGCUGGUUUCCAGGAUACUCAUGGACAAUUGCAUCGUGUGCUGACUGUGAAUCCAACAUAGGCUGGUUAUUCAAAGCAACCAAGAGGAAUCUGCGACCGAGAUCCUUCUGGGGGAUCCGUAGCUCCCAAAUUGCAGAUGAUGUACAAGAACUAGAUCAAGACGAAUGAUGCUCCGUGUGCAGUAGUAAACUCUGUGUGCCCCUCCCCUUUCUAAUGGAAAGCACUUCCUCUCUGGUUGAUGUGCCUAGUUCUAUUUAUCUGAAUAGUGGUCGCAAUGAAGGUCACUAUAGAAUAACCAUUUCCUCCUGUGUAUUAUACAAUUAGUGCCUUGUGCCGAAGUUCCGGGAAAGAUUUUGCGACAUGUAGCGUGCUUAGAAACCCAACUAUAUAUGAGGAUAUGAUCAGAUGAUAA